UAUAGCAUUUCAUUCAGGCGUUAAACCAGCCCUCCAAAUUCAGGGUCCUGCUACUGCGCGAUGCGCGACAGGGAAGAACAUUUUGCCUACCAAACAAACUCCAUGUAGAAGCAGAUAAAACCAAGAAUGCCUGCUGAACGUAAGAAGUCCGUAAACAUGGAAGACAAGGAGCCAGGGAACAGUAACAAGGAUAAAGACAAAGAGAGAGAGGGUGACCGUCGUCCCACCUCCUCGCGGGAAAAGGCGAAAGAUGAGCCCAAAGCAGGAAAGAAAGAUGGAGGGAAAGCAGCAGAGGAGAAAAGGAGAAGGAUUGAGGACGAGAAGAGAAAGAAGGAAGAAAAGGAGCGUAAGAAGAAAGAGGAGGAGAAGCUGAAAGCUGAAGAGGAACAGAAGAAAAAGGAGGAAGAGGAGAAAAGGCUGCUGGAGGAAGAGGAGAAGAGGAAGCAGGAGGAGGAAGCCAAGAGACAGCGAGAGGAAGAGGCAGCUCUACUCAAGGAGACGGAGGAGGCGCAGCAGCUGCACCAGGAGGCCUGGGAGCGCCACCAGACGCGCAAGGAGCUGCGCGCCCGCAACCAGACGGCGCCGGACUCCCGUCCCGAGGAGGCCUUCUUCGGCCGCCUGGACUCCAGCCUGAAGAAGAACACGGCGUUCGUGAAGAAGCUGCGCACGCUGACCGAGCAGCAGCGCGAGGCGCUGGCGCACGACUUCGCCGGCCUCAACCUCAGCAAGUACAUCGGCGAGGCGGUCAGCUCGCUGGUGGAGGCCAAGCUCAAGCUGUCGGACGUCAGCUGCGCCGUGCGCAUCUGCUCGCUGUUCCACCAGCGCUACGCCGAGUUCGCGCCGCUGCUGCUGCAGGCGUGGAGGAAGCACCUGGACGCGCGGCGCGAGGAGAAGGCGCCCAACGUCAGCAAGCUGCGCACCGACCUGCGCUUCAUCGCCGAGCUCACCGCCGUGGCGCUCUUCACCGACAAGGAGGGCCUGUCGCUCAUCUACGAGCAGCUCAAGGGCAUCACCGGCGCCGACCGCGAGACGCACACGCACGUCUCCGUGGUGAUCAGCUUCUGCAAGCACUGCGGCGACGACAUCGCCGGGCUGGCGCCGCGCCGCGUCAAGGCCGCCACCGACAAGUUCGGCCUGGCGUUCCCGCCCAGCGAGAUCAUCGGCGCGGAGAAGCAGCAGCCCUUCCAGAACCUCCUGCGCGAGUACUUCACCUCGCUCACCAAGCACCUGAAGAAGGACCACCGCGAGCUGCAGAACAUCGAGCGGCAGAACCGGCGCAUCCUGCACUCCAAGGGGGAGCUGAGUGAGGACCGCCACAAGCAGUAUGAGGAGUUCGCCACCUCCUACCAGAAGCUGCUGGCCAACACCCUGACCCUGGCCGACCUGCUGGACGAGAACAUGCCUGAGCUGCCCAUAGACAAGUCCGUGCAGGAAGAGCACGGCCCAGGCAUCGACAUCUUCACCCCAGGCAAGCCCGGCGAGUACGACCUGGAGGGGGGCAUCUGGGAGGACGAGGAUGCUAGAAACUUCUACGAGAACCUGGUGGACCUCAAGGCCUUCGUCCCUGCCAUCCUCUUCAAGGACAACGACAAGAGUGGCCAGGCCAAAGUUGGAGAUGACGCCAAAGAUAAAGAAGCUAAGGAGAGUAAAGAGGCCACCAGUACAGAGGAGCUGGAGUUGGAGCUGGAGGCUCUGGACAUCGCUGAUGACCCCCUGGAGUUGGAGCCCACAGACGAGGUGGAGAACGAGGAGCUCGCCAAGAAGCUACUGGACGAGCAAGAACAAGAGGAUGAAGAGGCCAGCACCGGCUCCCACCUGAAGCUCAUCGUAGAUGCCUUCAUCCAGCAGAUGCCUAACUGUGUCAACAGGGACCUGAUAGACAAGGCUGCCAUGGAUUUCUGUAUGAACAUGAACACGAAAUCCAAUCGCAGGAAACUGGUCCGGGCGCUCUUCACUGUCCCCAGACAAAGGCUGGACCUGCUGCCGUUCUACUCUCGCCUGGUGGCCACUCUGCACCCCUGCAUGUCAGACGUGGCUGAGGACCUGUGCUCUAUGCUCAAAGGAGACUUCAGAUUCCAUAUCCGCAAGAAGGACCAGAUCAACAUCGAGACCAAGAACAAGACCGUCAGGUUCAUCGGAGAGCUGGCCAAGUUCAAGAUGUUCUCCAAAACGGACACGCUGCACUGCCUGAAGAUGCUGCUGUCUGAUUUCUCCCAUCACCACAUCGAGAUGGCCUGCACCCUCCUGGAGACCUGUGGCCGCUUCCUCUUCAGGUCACCUGAGUCUCACCUGAGGACCAGCGUACUCCUGGAGCAAAUGAUGCGUAAGAAGCAGGCCCAGCACCUGGAUGCGCGCUACGUCACCAUGGUGGAGAACGCCUACUACUACUGCAACCCCCCGCCCAUGGAGAAGACCGUGCGCAAGAAGAGGCCGCCCCUGCAGGAGUACAUCCGCAAGCUGCUCUACAAGGACCUCUCCAAGGUCACCACCGAGAAGGUGUUGCGCCAGAUGCGCAAGCUGUCGUGGCAGGACCCGGAGACCAAGAGCUACCUGGUGUGCUGCAUGGUCAACAUCUGGAACGUCAAGUACAACAGCAUCCACUGCGUGGCCAACCUGCUGGCCGGCCUGGUGGCCUACCAGGAGGACGUGGGCAUCCACGUGGUGGACGGGGUGCUCGAGGACAUCCGCCUGGGGAUGGAGGUGAAUCAGCCCAAGUUUAACCAGCGGCGCGUGAGCAGUGCCAAGUUCCUGGGCGAGCUGUACAACUACCGCAUGGUGGAGUCGGCGGUGAUCUUCCGCACGCUCUUCUCCUUCACCUCGUUCGGCGUGAACCCCGACGGCACGGCCUCGCCCCUGGACCCGCCCGAGCACCACUUCCGCAUCCGCCUCGUCUGCACGCUGCUCGACACCUGCGGACAGUACUUCGACCGCGGCUCCAGCAAGAGGAAGCUCGACUGCUUCCUCAUCUACUUCCAGAGGUACAUCUGGUGGAAGAAGAGCCUGGACGUGUGGACGAAGGAGCACCCGUUCCCCAUCGACAUCGACUACAUGAUCAGCGACACCCUGGAGCUCCUCCGGCCCAAGAUGAGGCUCUGCACCUCCCUGGAGGAGGCCACUCGACAGGUCACCGAGCUGGAGAGGGAGGUCAUGGUCAAACUAGGCCUGAUGAUGGGGAAGGACGGCCGCUGCCCCAGCUCCAUGGGUGACGGAGAGGGGCUGGACGAGGAAGACGACGAUGAUGAUGAAGAGGGCGGCGCUGAUACCGAGGAGCAGUCUGGAAACGAGAGUGAGAUGAACGAGCAAGAGGAAGAGGAGGGCUCUGAGAAUGAGGAGGAAGAGAGGGAGGAAGAGGAGGAGGAGAACACCGACUACCUGACUGACUCCAACAAAGAGAAUGAAACGGAUGAAGAAAACAAUGAGGUGACUAUCCGUGGAGGUGGCCUGAAGCACGUUGCCUGUGCUGAAGAUGAAGAUUUCAUCCAGGCCCUUGAUAAGAUGAUGUUGGAGAACCUACAGCAGCGUAGCGGUGAGUCGGUGAAGGUGCACCAGCUGGACGUGGCCAUCCCGCUGCAGCUGAAGAGCCAGCUGAAGAAGGGGCCGCCGCCCGCCGGGGACGGAGACGCCGAGAUCAACGACACCAUGCAGUUCGUCAUGCUCACACGCAAGGGCAACAAGCAGCAGUUUAAGAUCCUGAACGUGCCUCUGUCGUCCCACCUGGCCGCCAACCACUUCAACCAGCAGCAGGCCGAGCAGGAGGAGCGCAUGCGCAUGAAGAAGCUCACGCUGGACAUCAACGAGCGCCAGGAGCAGGAGGACUACCAGGAGAUGAUGCAGUCCCUGGCCCAGCGUCCGGCUCCGGCGAACACCAAUCGUGAGCGGCGUCCUCGUUACCAGCACCCCAAAGGGGCGCCCAACGCAGACCUCAUCUUCAAAACAGGGGGCAGAAGGCAGGAUGCUAGGGCCAGGCGUCGACUGUGACAGACAGGUGUGUGCUGAGGAUCAAACAGCUGAGGGUCUGGCGCCGUUGAUUGGCCUCCAGUGGACUGAGCGAACGGAAGCAGCAGCAGCGUGAGAGAAGAGAACAUGUACAAAACUGAGCGAGAGCCGAGCGUGAGUGCAGCAGUUUGGCGUCACCCUCAAGCGGACGGGGCGGACGGGGGAGGGAGGCGCUCACUCACGGUCCGAGUGAAACGCAGACCCCCACCUCACCACGACAAACCUGAGGAGAGGAGGAGGAGGAGGAAGAGGUGGAGGAAGAGAGGAUGAUUAGAGGAGAGCGUGAGAUGAAUAGAGGAGUGUGGCCAAAAGGAGUAUGUCGGGGGUGGGGGGGUCUCGGCAUCACCGAUCUCCUUCUGUACAGCACCAGCAGCAACACGCACAUUUACACACACACACACGUGCACACAAACACGCAUACACACACUCAAACUGAAUGCGGUUACACCAAACGGGAGAGCAAAACACACACACUGAACUGAAGCAGAUCGACCAGACGAACACACACAUAGUCCCACUGGAGUCUCCCCCCCCCCCCCCCCAGGAGUGGCGUCUGUGUGUGCGAGUGAGUGUCGGCGUGCGUCGCGGUCGAACCUGGAGGCUCCGGCAAGCCCUUUCUCUGAGGUGGAGACUGACUGACGGACUAUCCUUCCCUCCCUCUUGGGGCCUUUUCUGCUUCUUGAUGUCCUUGUUUCCUGGAGAACUCUCUUUCUAAUACUGGGCACAUUGAUACACAGCAUUCAGCAUUUACAUAAUCACACACACACACACAGAAACAAACACACACACACACACAGACAGAAACAAACACACACAAACAAACACACACACAGACAGGAAGUGAAGUUCACUGAAUGAAUGUAGAAGGGUGAUGGAGGAAUACGGACAGGGUCCACCAAACUAGGCUGGUCUCAUUUUAAAACCCACCCUACCAAAGCCCUAGAUGGAGGAGGAGAGUUAAUAGUCAAGACUUGAGCGAUGGGAGUGUUUUUGUGUGACUGAGAGAGAGAGACUGUGUGUGUGUGUGUUUGAAGUAGAGAGUGAGAGAAAGUGUGUGAGGGAGAGAAAAAAAAGUGUGUGUUCUAGAAGUAGGAGUGUGUGUGUGUGUGUGUGAGAGAUAAAGUGUUUGUGUGUGUGUGUGUGUGUGUGUGUGUGUGUGUGUGUGUGUGUGUGUGUGUGAGAAGUGUGUUCCUCCCUCUACACUUGAGCAUCUUGGUAACAGCUUUGACGGGGCAAGGGUGACCAAUGAGCAGCCAGAGACGACCAGCUCUCUGCCAUUGCAGGUGCUGAAACCAGAACCAGAGAUAUAUAGAAAUAUAUACAAAUAUAUAUAAAUGAAAUAAAACGAACCCUCAAUCUUUCUUUCUGUAGUCUCAUAGAUAAUCUCUGGCUGUACACUUUUUGUGUUGUGUGUGUGUGUGUGAGCGAGUGAGUGUGUGUUUUUGCCAAGACGGGGGGGAUUUUGCGUCCUGUAAAUCUGAUUUGAUGUAUUUGAGUCGAAUCCCUGUUGGGUGGUGUGGUGUGGCGUAAAGUGCUUUAUCUAGAGUCUGAGGGUCUAUCUCAGUCAAUGCUGAGUUGCUGUUGUUUUUUUCCCCCUGGGCUUUUUAAUUUCUCUUUGUUGAUUCUAGAAAGAUGAGAAGUGAGAGGUUGGUGGAGAAUGAACUGAAUAAACAGACGUGUUCUGGUGUACUGCAUGGGCCACCUGCACCAGCUUAUUAUAUCUGAGUUUGUUUUUGUUUUUCUUUUGCCAGUAGAGCAGUAAAGUGUUCAUUCAUUAAA